UUUUACGCAGAAACAAUUCGUUUAAUUACCAAGUUGAAAGUUUUUGGAUUUCACUCCAGCUUUGUCUCGUCUCACCUCUCGAUGGGAGUGAAUUGUUAUGACAUAAGCUAUGACGAAAUUGUGGUGAAGAUGAAGCAAUAUUUAAAACGAAACUUUAUCUACAUCUGUCUGGCAACUGCCUGUCUGUCACUGCUUACCUACUUGAUUGCUUUUUCAUGUGAGCUUUCAAGUAUAAUCGACACGAGACGAACAACGACAGACUUCGUCUCGAUAUUUUUAUGCACAAUUUAUUUUGUGCUUUUCUUGUCAGCGACGAUUUUAAUUAAUGGACUUGCUACUCGUAUGGCAAUGGGACUGCUUGUAUGGUCGCUUAUUGUUGCUGUUUUAACAAUACCAGAGCUGUGGCUCAUCAUGGUUCAAUUUUGGAGCAUGGAUUCAGAUCAUUUCAUGAUUGAAGUGGUUUUUUACAUCACACGAUUAAUUUUAAACUGCACUAUUAUUAUACAUGUUGUGCCUUUAGCACUUAAAUGGCGUAAAGAAAAGAAGAUUCUUAAACAAUUGGAAUCACUAGCGUCACGACUCCAACUCACAGCCACUCCAGUGUCCAAUUAUGGUAACUUUAGUAAUACAAUAUCAAGAUCAACAAAAGACAUUGAAAUUGAAUCGACGAGGCAUGAGAAUGGAAUCGAGAAGGUUAUGAAUGGAACAGACAAUCCAGGAUAUCUUCAAAGUUAUCCUUAUUUGCAUUAUGGAUCGCAUAAUGAAUUCGAUGCUUCAAUCUUUGGAUUAAAUCCAUCGCAAUACAUUGGACCACCGCCAGCCACGAAUAUUGCUAAACGUACCCAGUCAUUGCUUGACUUAAGAUUCAUUCAAACAACCACAACCAAAAUAGUUCAAAAGUCAAAAGACAAAAGCGACAGUGUAUCGCUCAACAGUUACGACAUGCGAAUGCAUAAUAAUUUAAACAAAGAUUUGAGGAAGAUGAAGGGUUCUAAGGAACAAAUUUAUCAUACUAUGGAACCGCCUUUUAAGAAGUCACUUGGCAGGAAUUGCGUGUCGUUAGAAAAUUUGGGUGUUUUCGUUACCGAAGAUGCUUUCUCAGGAAACUUUCCCGGUUACCCCGUGCAACAAAUGUAUCCAGCAUACUUUUACUACAAUAAUCCUUAUCAUCACCAGUCACAUUACAUGGGAUAUCCCAACAAUUAUCUUGGAAACCAAAACAGUGCUUACUUUAAUAAUAGCAGUAGCUUAGGAAACAGUAAACAAUCAAUCGAUGAUUUCCGUAAAUAUCGCGAUGUAGCUUUGUAAAAUUUCUUUUGUUUUAUGUUUUAACAUUUUAGUACCAAAACUUUUAUUCUCAUAUUUGUAUGUUGUUAAUUAAUACUGAAUUAGUCAAUUUGAAAGCUUCCAUUUAUUGUAUUAAAAGAUUAAAACGAAACUUUACGAUAUUUAUUUUUAAGUUAAAUACAAUUUGUAACAUUUACUUUCAAGUAAUGAAAAUUAGGAACGAAAUUUAUUGUCAAUGUCACUCAAGGAUGACUUGUCACUAAAAAAAUUUUUGUUUUAAAUAUGAAGAAAAUUUCAUUUCAUUCAAGUUGAGGUUGUGGUCAGGGGUUGAAAACUUGCAAGAAACUUUCAAAUUUAAGCUCAGAAAUUGCAAACAAAUGUCACACUGAAAUAUUCCUGAAAAGUUUUAACUUAAAUAAAACUAAAUUUGAUUCAUUUUGCAAUCUUCACAUUGUUUGUUUUUAUUUAAAAGUUCAUAAACAUCGAAAAAAAAAUGAUUUUUCUCAUCUUUCUUAUGUGAUGUGUCACCAUCGAUCAAAAAGUUCAUCAAUUCAAAUAGAUAUUUAAGAAGAGAAAUUACAAUAUGUUCACAAAAGUACUGGGCAUCUCAUCAUCAAUAUUAUAUCGAGCAUGUCUCAGUUAUUAUGUUUCAAAUCACAUCAACAUACAUAGAAUCAAAUCUUCCUUUUCUUUCCUUUUAUCCAAGAAAGAAAAAACAAAAAUAAAACAAAUGUUUUAAAAAAAAGAAGAAGAUAAAGAAAGUCAAAUCAUAUUAUUGAUAGAUAAAAAGAAAAAAAAACAUUGUCAUAAAUUCAGCAUGGUUAGUUGUUGUGCAGAUUGAAAUAAAAAAGAAAACGAAAAGAGAAAAAAAAGUUGAUCUGCGUUUGAAGAGAAAGAAGUUUAAAGGAUUCAUUGAUUCCAUGGUUCACGUUCAUUAUCAGCAGCACGUUCAUUACGACUUGGCUCCCAAAUAACGCUCAAAGAUUUGAAAGGAUCGUAAGCUGGUAUAACUUGCGUAUUAGCAACAGCAGCAGAAUGAUUUUGAUGAGUUUGUUGUGGUUGUGCGUUUGUCGGUUGUUGAUAUUUCUGUUCAAAACCAGGUGGAACUGCUAACGGUGGAGAUGGCGAUGACCAAUUUGAUGAUGGCGAUGUUGGACUGUCAUUGCGACGAUAAGCUGGUGACCACAAGUUGUUGCUACUUGUAGCUGCCGUUGCAUUCAACCAUUCAGCAUGUUGUCGUUCCUUCAUCUUUAGCAUGUACCGAUAUUGUUCCUCCAUGAAUUGAUUUUGCUGUUGUUGUUGCU